AUGGACCUGCUCUUGAGAUACCGCGCAGACGUCCAUGCCUACAGCAGGAUCAAACAGGUGAGAAACUACUGCGCUCUUCACGAGGCGGUGCUGUACAGUCAAAAGAAUGCUGCCUACUUCUUGCUGGUGAAGAAAGCGGAUGUCAAUGCAAAGAACUUAAAGAAGAAGUCUCCUCUUCACUUGGCGGCCUGCUCCGGUCACAUCAGGAUGUCCCAGUUCCUGAAAAACUAUGGCGCCAAUCUCAAGGCGCUGGACGACAAGGGUGCGACGCCGGUGAUUACUGCUGUAGAGGCUGGCCGCUACAGGUUCGAUAAGCUUUUCAUCUUGAUGGAAAGAUCCUUCGAGGACUUGCUUGUGGUAAGCAAACUCUGCGCCUCCGUGGCGCCGGAGAUCAUGCACGACAAGGGCCAGAGCCGGAUUCAUCCCGAGUGGACGGAGGCCCUGGUCAAGCAGGCCGAGACAGAUCUGGUCUCCUCCACACGACAUUGGAUGGAGAUCAUGCAUUGGUCUGAUGGAGCUGGCGAGGUAAUUCUCGACGUGCUCACCGUGCGCCCAGAAGCGCAGAACAGCAACUACAAUCCGAUUCCCAGGCGAGCGAGGCUGCCAUCGGGGGUGCAGAUGGUGUGUCGAUACGAAUGUGCGAGAAUCUGGGAGUGGGACCAGGAGUCUGGGGCGGCGCCGUGGCAUUCGCUGUUGUGCCCGGGUGGGCUGAGCAUUUAUGCGAAGCGCAACACCUUCCACCAGCGCGUCGCGCUGCUAGAGUCCUUCCUUUGGUGGCGUCGAAGACGAGGCAAUCAGUUCUUCGGUACGCAGAAUGUCUCCGAGCUGCUGAAUGCUCCCAUGACGAACGCCAGGAACUUCCAGCCUGAGGUGAUGACUGCCGUUCGGGACAAGGAGAGUGUUCCUGUGAAGGUGCGGCAGUUGAAGCUUCCUGGCAUCAUGAACCCGGAUGUGAUGAGCAUUCUUGCGUUUACGCAGAACCACAACAUUCUACUCAAGCCCACUGGACAGGCGAUUAUCCAGUAUGCGUGGGAUCACGUGGCCAGGUACUACUACUGGACCUACGUCUUCUAUCAGGUCAUCACGCUGGGCAACCUGGUCGUCGAGGUGGUGUCUCCUGCGGACACUUUCUGGGGUCGUCGCCUUCGCUGGAGCCUGCUUGCGGUCCUCGCCCAUCUGGAGCUUUUCUACGAGUUUUGGGAAAUGGCCGGAUACUUGUGCUACCUCCAGCACACGGGCCCACUUUACCUCACAAAGUUGGAGAACCUAUACAACUGGGUGUCUAUCCUUCUGCUGAUGGUGCUAGUUUGGUGGACAUCCGGUGAUGUAAGUCUUCAGGACAUCCCAAUCAUGCUCUCCGUGCUGGUGCUAUUCCGCUGGAUUCAGCUGACGUGGAGUUGCAGGGCCUUCGAAUAUGUUGGGGAGAAGAUCCUUCCAAUCCUGCAAGCCUCCUUCUCCACCUCCAUCGGCGGGAUCCUGGUGGUGACUUUCUGCGUGCUUGUGGGAUUUCUGCAUGGCGCAAUGGCACUGGAGCUUGGGCAUCCACUUCCGCAACACUACUACGUGGCCUUGGGAUCGCUGAAGCUGCUGCUUCUGGGCGAUGGAGACGGGAUCGAUGUUGCCCUCGCAGUGGGCGGUGCGCCUGAGGAGGGAACGCCGAUGACCUUCGUAUUCCUUCUGACUGCUGUGGUCGUCUUUUGUGUGUGUGUCCUCAACCUCUUCAUUGCAGUUCACGGCGAGGCAUACAACCGGGCGCAAGACAAGGCCUACACCAGCUUUCUGCAGGAGAGAGCCGGGAUAUGUCUCCACUGCUUGUUGAGGCCAUCCUGGCCCCCGGUCUGCUUCCCUUUCCGUGUGCCACGUCGCAUUGUUGCUUACUUGAUGUUGGAGCUGGUUGCCAUCGGGGCCUGGGCAUACAUGCUGCAGGAGCCUUCGAUCCACUACUUGAUCCCCACGGGACUUCUCUGUGGCAGCGCAAUGCUGGGCGACUCCAUCCUUGUCCAGCGUCCCUGGGACAAGAGAAAGGGGGAACAGUACUACCUCUGGAUGUGCUACAAGGAAAGCCUUGACAAGUCCAUGCACAUGUCAGACAGCAACGACUUGUACAAGUCGCUGGAGAAGGAAGUCCGACAGGUCUCAAAGCAGUUCGAGCGGCAAACACGUAGCUUCGCGGAGCAGGUGCAGGCUGGUCACAUGGCUUGCGGUGGCAAGAGCUGCGUAAGCAGACUUGUCUUUAAUCUAAUCAUAAGAAAAACCAAUCUUCUGUCGCUUGGUUGGUUUUGCUCGGUAAUCCAUUCAGUCAAAGCAUAUUAUGCCGCUUUUCGCGGUAUUCGGGCUCAGCCUCUGGCCUGUCCUUAA